AAAAAUAAGGCACCUGUCUUACAGUAAUUUGUUUUUCAGUGGGAAGGCCCUGGUAGGAAGGGCUGGCUUAUAUAUUGCACUUCCUUCAUCAGAACAAAAAGGUGCUUCUGACCAAACACCUGAGAUAACCCGAGAGGGGUUUUUAUUGCCUUUGGAUACCAUUUUACAAAACAGGCAAAAUGAGAGACAUGCUGGUGAAACUGAAGACCAUCAAUGAGGAACAGGAGGGUCACAAAGGCGGGAUUUCUGAAAAGGAUUUUUAUGGAGACAACGGAACUCUGCUUCAGCAGGCUGUCCUUUUUGAGAAGUCCUCACCUGUGGAGAACAUCCUAAAGGAGGCCAACACAAUACGCAGGGAGAUCGCCUCGCUUCGCUCCGAGGUGCAACGUCUAAACGCCAACAACGAACGCUACGCCACAACUGUCACCUGCCUCUCCCUUCUGAAAAAGGACUCGGAUGCCAUCGCUAGAAGAAUCCAGCAUCGAGGCGAGUCGGUGUACGCCCGUUUACAGGCUCUGGGUAAGAACUGCAAACAGCUAGAGGAGCAAGAGGGCGCCAGCUCGGCCGUUUGUCGCAUUGCCCGCGCCCAGUACGACACGCUGACCCAUGCCUUCCAAUCUGCGAUGAGCGACUACAACACGGCUGAGGACAAGCAGAGGAAUAUAUGCAGGAAGAGGAUCAAGAGGCAAGCCUCCAUCCUGGGGAAACACAUCAGCGAUGAGCAGCUGGACGUGAUGGUGGAAAAGGGUGGCGAGGGCUGGACGGAGCUGUCCCAGGACUUUCACCCGCAGGGUGUAGGCUCGUGCCGUAUGGCCAUGUGCGACAUCAAAGGCAGACACAAGGAGCUGGUGGAGCUGGAGGCCCGGCUGAAGCAGGUCCACGAGCUGUUCCUGCAGACGGCUACACUGGUGGAGGAACAGGGAUCCAUUUUAAAUAGCAUCGAGGUCAACGUGCGCCGCGUCGAGGAGCACAGUGAAAACAUCAACUGUAAUAUGAAAAGGGCCAUACAUUACAAGAAGAAGAACCCCUUUUUACAGUGCUGUCCCUGUCUGCCAUGCUGGGGACAACAGAAUUUCUUUUAG